AUGGCGGCUAAAUCGCCUACAGCUAGUGUGAAGUCGCGGGAGAUGAUAGGCGGUGACCAGUUCAGUCGACGACGCGAAGUUUUCGAAAAGCACGACACCGUGUUUCUGCCCCUACCUUCCCCGACCGCGUUGACACCGACCUACAAGGAAGUCGAUCCCAUCAUAACAACCAACCACGGAAUAACGACGUCUAAUUUUAAACGCAAUACUGUCGGGUAUUCCAGUAUGCGUGAGACGAGAAGCGAAGAUCGAAACUAUGAUUACCGACCGCGAAAAUAUUCCGAUAAUUUUACAUCGGAUCUCAAUCAGAGCGAUGAUGUUGAAUACAAAUACAAUAUGGCCGAAAGGACCAGACGAUUAUCGAAGUUGCGACGGGAUUUCUUGAAGUCAAAUAUACAUGAACCCGGUGAGAAUACAUUCACUAGAAGCGGUGUCCGCGCUUCCCUUCCUACUACUAGCACCGUAUCGGCGAUAAGGUACAAAAUUGAAAAUCUUAACAUACAUAAGUUUCCUUUUGCCGAACCGUAUUCAACACCGACCCCAACACGUCGCGUUGUUGUAGAUUUGGGUGAUCCUGAAAAUGAGGAUCUUAAUGAAAGUAAUCAUUCCCAAAACAAAGGUAAACACCAAAGUUUACCAAACAAAAGUCCCGGGUCACCAAUCAUCGAUCGCCAGAAAAUGUAUGAAGAAUUGGUUAAACGUUACUCACCACAACAUAAGCCUAUUAAUUGGACUUUACCUCCAACACGGCCGAAGGUCGUGGGUUCUGUUGAGAAAUCCACUUCCAGUACAGCCGAUAGCAUUGAUACAACGGAUAAAAAAGAUUCCGAAAUUAAUAACGCCGAGUCCGACGAAGUGUUUGAGUCGAAAGAUAACAAUAAAAAUGAAAUACAAGAAAUUAAAGACAAAAAUGAUAAUAUAGAACAGAAACCUGUCAAUGAAGUUAAACCUAAUGUCGAAAUUUUACAUAACGGACCCGAACUUAGUGAAACAGAAAAUGAAAUAGAUGCAACAGAGAGUAAUAAAAAGGCCAAAGAUUCAAGGAAUUCCUUAGAAUUAGAGGAGAAUGACCACGUCCCUGAAUUGUCAACAAUAAAACGGCAGUUCAGUAGGGACUCUGCCACUAAGCCGACUAACGACAAGUUUGUCGAUCUGACCAUUCCAGGUUUGAUAGAAAAAAUGACUGCUGAAGCGGAAAAAAUUGAAAAUCAUAAAGCUGACGGUAAGAAAAUUAAAAGAAAGAGGAGUUUCUUAGACAAAUUGUUGGGUCGCAAUAAAGGAGUGAAAAGUGAAAAAUGA